ACGUCACUCAUGACGCUGAGCGAUUUGAUUGGCCUUAUGAACCAGGAGUCGAGAUUUAACUUCCGUGUCACGCAGCUAACAUGGCGGACAAAGAAAAGAAGAAGAAGGAGAGCAUCUUCGACUUGUCUAAAUACAUCGACAAGACGAUUCGUGUGAAGUUCCAAGGAGGAAGAGAGGCCAGCGGGGUCCUCAAAGGCUUCGACCCUCUGCUAAACCUGGUGCUGGACGGCACGAUCGAGUACAUGCGAGAUCCAGACGACCAGCUGAAGCUGACAGAAGACACUCGGCAGCUGGGGUUGGUGGUCUGCAGAGGAACCUCCGUAGUGCUGAUCUGUCCUCAGGAUGGCAUGGAAGCCAUACCAAACCCGUUCAUACAGCAGCAAGAUGGCUAGUUGCUCUGUGGCACAUACUUGAUUUUUGUUUUUGUUUUGCUUUUUCACUCAUUUCAGGACAGUUCUAAUUCAUACCAACAAGGCCAGUGACUUAAGUUAAGAAUCAGCAGCAGCAAAAUGAAUCAAAUGCACUUCAGUUCUACUUGUUUAUGGUGUGCAAAUGUUGCAAAGUUUUGUUUGUGAAGAGCCCAAAAGGUCUGGAAAGUGUUAACGGGACAGUUUUCUUUUAUUUGUAGUAUCUUUUUACUGUUCUUUGUUUUUGAUUAAAAAAAAUAAAAUAAAGCAUUGUCAGUU